AAUGCCUCCACCCAUAUCCCCACGCCUAUAAAACAAGCCCUGUACCAGAGCACCUCCAUCCGUCACUCUUUUCACUCGAACCGAUCGGAGGAUCCAGAGCCUCCUCUGUUGCUUCUGAAGCUUAAUUAGCUUGUUGCGGAGAUUUAGAGCAGUACUCUGUAACAUUCCAGAGUAUCAAACGGAAGCUUCCAGGCAAUUUUCUUGAUUAUAAGCAAAACUCCAACCGCGGAAAUGCACAACGACACCGCCUCCUCCACCGCCAAUGGCGGCCUCGCCAUCUCAUCGCCGUUCAAAUCGCAGCCUCGCUCAGACGACGCCGUGUUCUCUUCCCUCUAUUCCGCCAUCUUCGAUCGCAAGCCGUCCCUCGCUCGAUACAACGAAUCGGAGCCCGACGCGUCCUCAAAUCUCCCCCACCGCCAACUCUACCACUCUCUCCUCGUCCAAGACCACCAGGAGAUGGUCAACCGCCAUAGCCGCACCCUCAAGCAACUCCACGAAGCCUCCGAGGAAGCCGACGCUCUCCGCCGCGAGAACAUUCAUCUCCGCGCCCUCAAUCUCGAGCUCAACAAGCAUCUCAGUCUCCUUAUCCACGCCUCCGUCCAGAAACAGUUCGUUUCCCCCGGUUCUGUGGAGACGACACCGUUUGGGAUCGUAAAUAGGCUUCACGGCAUGAGUAUUGAUGACAAACGAGCAGAGGAGGAUGAGUCCGACGAGAGCCCUACCAGCGUGAUCGAGAGCGAAGGCGCCGACGCCGAGAAUAUUGAUGCGGAGAGGUUUACGCUGCCUAAGAGCAUAUCUGUGAGGUCUAAUGGAUACGUGAAGGUUGCUCAGCCCGGUACUAGCACUGCCGCUGGGACUCGGGUCCCGACUCGGCCUCGCACCGCCAAUACAUUCAACGCUUCACAAAAGGUGUACGUUCCUACUGGAGGGAUGAAGGAGCAGGAGCCACUUGAAUUGGAGGUGUACAACCAAGGCAUGUUCAAGACUGAACUCUGCAACAAAUGGCAGGAGGCCGGUGAAUGCCCUUACGGAGAACAGUGCCAAUUUGCACAUGGGAUUGAGGAGCUCCGCCCGGUGAUUCGACACCCACGCUACAAGACGGAGGUCUGCAGGAUGGUCCUUGCUGGUGUUGCCUGCCCAUAUGGUCACCGAUGUCACUUCCGCCACGCCCUCACUGAGAAUGAAAAGUUCAUGGGUCCAAAUAAGCCCAGGGCAAUGAAGCUGGCCAGGUAAAAUAUCAGAUUUCAUAAAUAUGAUGGCGACAGAAGAGUAAUAAGAUCGCAACUGAGGUUUGAGUAAACAGGAGAGCCAAGUGUUUAUAUUACGUAUGCCUCCAAUGGGAACCGUAUAUAACACCAAUUAUAUGGUAAGUAUAAAACAAGGACAUGCAUAACAUAACAAUAAUUAGUGUCGUCUAUGAUCUGCGGUGAAAGUGAUCAGGAAAGUGUGCAAGGCGUCGUUGCGCGGAUGGUGGACAAAAAUGAGGAGGUUUAUUGAGAGAUGUGAGCUCUUGUUUCAUAUCGUAUCUGUUGUUUUGGGGUUCCAUUAAAUAUGACUUUUGAUUACAUUAGGAAGUUGGUGAUGUCAAACCGAG